AUGCCGCUCCAAACUAGAAAGCCAAAAAAGGAUGGAAGAAAGAGGACGUACUCGUUGGUGUCCAAUACCACAAACACACAGGCUGGUCCUGUCGCAACCCCUAAAACUGUCGAGAACAGUUCACCCUCACAACAGGCCAAUGGGUCAAGACGAGCCCUAAAUGCGCCUGUCGUCCAAGAGAACCCACCACGAAAGCCCACAGAGCCGGCGAAGAAGAUGCCUAAUGUGUUCGAGUUUCUCGAAGAGAACGAAGAAUCAUCUUCAGACUCGUCAUCAUUAUCGUCAUCGUCAUCGUCGGAAUCUGAAUCCGACGAGGAGCCAGAGCCUCCACGCCCUAUACAAACCACCACCAAAAUCCAGGCUCCCAAACCACGGGCAAAUACUGUGCCGCACGGAGUAUUGACCUCAGGAGGCAACACACCCCCGAAGAAAGUUAUCCAAUCACCUACAGUGGUAUCCCAAAUUCCAAAAGAACCACGAAAGCCAGCGCCACCAACCGCACCUUCUACAGGCAAUCAGUUAGUCGCGCGGAAGAGACAAACCACUAGAAAGCCGAGCCCGAUCUCGACUGAAGUCAUCUGCCCAGGACAAGGGCAACUAGAAUUGUCGCGACCACAGACCUACCAUGGGUCACCAAGAGACAGCGGCGCUGUCCACAGACCACCGCUCCCACCAUCACCCCCUAGAAGUCCAGAAGAUAGCAUUCAUCGCACCACACCGACAAAGAGACGAGACCCCAAUGCGUCACAAGAGCUAUCUGGAUACGCGCUUCUAGCUUCGCACCUAACCAAGUCCGCCUCAGAAGAUAGCGGAGGCUUCCCUCCGCUAUACCGACGCUUCGAGACCGUGAACCACCGCGUUCUGCUCCACCUCCAAGACGAGAUCUCCCAAAUGGAAGAAGAUCUCCACACGCUCGAUGAGUAUGAAGAAAUGCAUCGGGUCAGCACAGCCGAGCAUGAAGGCACAAAGCCCUUACCGGCUUCACGACGGCGGGAUGCCCAGUCCCAGGCUUAUUCAUCUUUGCAUUACCGCCGCAUGGAUCUCAUGAGUGCUUUGAUCCAAAAGACCGAACAGUACAACAACGCCCUCAGCGCCUAUAGCAAAGUCCUACAGACGCUCCCGCGGGCCUCGGAACAGGACAUCACGGGCUAUCGCAGCUGGAUGAGAGAAUAUAAGCCCGUCGCUGGUGUCGAGACGCGAUUCCUCAUCCACGACGCGGAUCUAGUCUCCCUCACCCCGCGACUGGCUGCUUCUGCAGCCGCGGCACCCGUCUACAUCGCCAUUAUCAUCGCGUCUGGUGCGCUCCUGCUUCCAUUGUUAGCGUUCAGCCUUAUUGCGGAGUUCUCCGGUCGUCUUGUCGUUGUGACGGUUGUUGGCGGUGCCGCGGCGGCUAUUGCGGCGAACUAUUCGGCUGGUAUUGAUACGCUGGUCGACUCGAGGGAUGGGUGGCGCUGUGCUACGAUAUACUUCGGUUUUAUGACUAUGGCUGCUAUGUUCAUUCCCUAG